AUAUUAUACAUUUUCUCAGCACCUAACACAAAUCUUUAUCUGUAUAUUAUAUUUAUCUAUAUGUUAUCAUUAUCUAUAUAUAAGCAUAUGUAUACACCCAAAUGUAUUUUUAGCUCUGAUGUCUGAAACCAAAAGAUAGGAGAUGUUUCAGGAAACAACAUAACCUCCCUAUAGCUCAGGAUCUUCACAUAUUAUCCUGAAAAUUUUCUUAAUGGAAGUCUCUAUAAAUACCCCCAGACCUUCCCACUUCAUUCACAAAAAUCUUAUUAAAGAAAAAAAGUUAAGGACGAAGGCAAUAAGACAUCCUUAAUCAAGGAAAAGGAAGGAAAAAAAAAAGUAGAAAAAGAAGAAAAGAAAAGAAUGGCUAAGGCUGCAUUCAUGUUCCUCCAGGCUUCUGUCCUCGUGAUCGCCCUGUCAGUCUAUCCGUCAGCGGGCCAUAAUAAGAGCGAGACAACCGACGUAUGCAACAUCAGUGUGGACGGCGACCUUUCUGGUGCGUUUGACAAGAUCUUUGCCUUUGGGGAGUCUGGCACCGAUAACGGGGAAUGCUCGACUGAUGGGCACCCUCCAGAACUUUGUAGGUUCCUGGAUCCAAGCCAUUCAUGGGGCCAUGUCUGGUCAGUUUGAUGGCGAUGCUGGGGGCUAUGUUGCCACCGGCAGAGGAGCUUCCAUGUCUGGGUCUGGGUCAGUUUCAGGCUCAAUGAGCGGCGGCUUUUCGGGCUCAGGAUCAGGAUCAGGCAGUGUAUCAAUGGUCGGGAACGGGUUGACCAAUGGGAAGCUGAUAAUCGACCACCUUUGCGAUGCACUUGGCAUACCACCCGUGCCACCAUAUAAGAAGCAGUCUGCCAACUUCUCAAACGGGGCAAACUUUGCGCUUGCAGGAUCCACAGUGCUCCCGGGAUCUUUCUUCCUUCGCAACCAAAACGACCUCCUGCCACUCAUGUGGAAGAGCAUCCCGCAGAGCUUCGACACCCAGCUCCAGUGGUUCAACAACUUCAUGCAGAACCUCAAGAAUGGCGCCAACAAGUCCAAUAUGGACAACUCGCUCUUCUGGCUGGGCAAUAUCGGGGCCAAUGACUUUGUUCGUAUUCACAAGGCCGCUGCCCUCUCCUCCGAGUAUAUCACCCAACAAGCCAUCGAGCAUGUCGCCAAGCUCCUUCAGGGAUUGGUUAACGAUGGCGCCAAGUACAUAGUGGUCCAAGGAUUGCCGCCAUUGGGAUGCCUACCUUUGGAGUUGAUGUUGGCCCCAGCGACGUAGCGGGACCAGUACGGUUGCUCCGCGAGGAUCAACAAGGCAGUGAUGAAUCACAAUGAGCUACUCCAGCAGAAGCUCGGUGAGCUCCAGAAGAUGUUCCCGCACUGUGUCUUCGUCUAUGCUGACUUCUGGAAGGCCUACAUGAAGGUGCUGUCAGGGUUGCACCGGUUCGGGUUCGUGGAACCUUUCAAGGCCUGCCGUGGUUCUGGUGGUGGCCACUUCAACUUCGAUCUCAAGAACCUCUGUGGGUCCCCUCACUCCUCCAUCUGCGCUAAGGCUGCCGAACACAUAGUCUGGGAUGGGAUCCACUUUAGUGCUGCCAUGUACAAGGUCAUUGCCAAACUCUUCAUCCAAGGUGGCUUUACCCACCCUUCCUUUGCAACGCUCCUCAAAUUCAAGAA